AUGGAUGACAUUCGCUAGUGGCAGUGCCACAUUAUGGCCAGUGGAUAGGGUCUAUGAGCCCGUCUUGUAACCAAAAGGUGCUGAGUUAGGACCGUUGUGGUGGGUGUGUACUACUGAAGAGCCCCAAACUAGGAUGAACAGCUGUCAAGUACUCCCUGCAGGCUUUCCAAUGAUCCUCUAACUGAUGUCAAUUCAUGAUGAAAUCCUGAAUAUUUUCCCUGCAUUAGCUCAUAGCUUAUAUGGAGCAUCCAGAAUUUCACAAAAUGUCAAGGUACCACCUAUUGAAGACAAAGCAUUGUCUGAUUUUUUCACAAGUAAACCAGCCGUUGAGUUGUCUAAUGAAUCAUCUCCCGUCCAACUACCAACUAUGUCUGCACAACCAGAUAAAGAAAUGCGGAGCAUGUAUGAAAGGAUUGUCGAUGCUAGACGUGCAGCUAGACCGGAAAAACGUAAACCUCCGAAAGACUUUAAAAAUCCCCUAAAAGCAUUAGAACAAAGAGAAAACAUCAAAUCUAACUAUGAAGAAGUACGUACAAACAAAACGACAGAACAACAAGCCAAUACAAAUUUAACACCAUUUCAACCAUUGUUACGUGCUGUGGAUCCAUCUUUAAAAGUUGGACUAGAUUUCAAUGCGAAAAAUUCAAUUCUUGCUGAAUCAGCAAAAGCAGGUUUAACAAGCACUGAGGACAUCAAUGAAGCAAAGAGUAAUUUACGUACAGUUCAAGAUAGACAAUCGUUUCGAUUUUCUUCAUCUGGACGACUUUUACCAUACAAGUCACCAAUGUUGUUACACAUAAAAGGUCGACGACAUGUUCAAGUGCGUUUAGUUGCACCAUCAGCUAAAUCUAUGAAUUCUGGUGAUUGUUUUGUUCUUAUCACAACAAAUGAUGUCUUCGCUUGGUUUGGUGAAUCGGCGAAUAUUGUUGAAGUGAAUAAAACUCGUGAGCUGGCUUCAUGGAUUUAUAAAAAGCAUGAAUUAUCAUAUCAUGGAAGUUUAGGUGAAUCUGUGGCUAACACAACCAAUGGUUAUAUUUCAGUACAUGAGAAUGCAAAUGCCACUGAAGAUGAUGAUGAUGGGGAGUUAGAUAAUGAAAGUUAUGUAGUUAUCAGUGACAAUGUAAAUCGAUCCUACUCUGCAACUUUGAAGUUUUGGAAAACUUUAGGAUAUGAUUCACCACAAAAGGUUCAUCCCGCUGGUCCACCUGAAGAAGAUGAACGUUAUGAAUUGAUGAUUCAGCGUACAAAUCGGGUGUAUCGUGUAACACCGAAUGAAUUAGUACCGUGUGAAGAGUAUUGGGGUAAUCCAGUCAAGUAUAAGAUUCUGCAAUCAGAUCAGGUUUGUUCAAAAAUUUGAAUUGUAGACAAAAGUUGCUGUUUUUUGUUUCUCGUGUAAAAGCAGUAAAAGCAGUACUACCAUAAUUAAACUGUAUGGGAUUACCGUAGUUAGCAGGUUGAUUACGUAAUAAAAUGAUGGGAAAAGUGAUAAUAUCACUAAUAAUUAGUUAGAAUAGUAUAAAUGAAGACAAGUUCAACUAUGAACCUGUGAAAAUUUACCAGCCUGGUUUAGUAAGGGUAGAAUUAAAUGUAUAAAACGUUCAAUUCUGUCACACUAGGCAGAUAUAAGAUGUCAUAUAUGACGCUGGCUUAACGUUCAAGGUUAUAUACCACAUUCCACAGUCAUCAACACGCAUAGUUCGCCUACGUCUUCGACAUAAUAGCUGAAAAACACGUUCAGGCGCUGUUAAUACCUUAACCAAAUCGGAUUAAAACUUCCCUUCUUAGAGUUCUUACUGCUCUUAUCUCUUUUGCUUUUUCUGAGUUUGUUAAAUUUUUUUUGGCUUAUUUUAUCUUCAUGAAAAAUCCCUAUUCGAAAAUUAAUAGAAGGAUGAGCAGUAAUUCGGCGAACAGUCUUUUUUUGGCGAAUUUAUUUUCACAGCUGUAUAAUCGCAAAUAUAUAUGGUUAUUUUGUAGGUGUUUGUAUAUAAAAUUUGUCGAGCGAAAAAAAACAGUUAUUAGGUUUUUGUUGGAGUUACGUAAUACAAAAAGCAUUCAGAGGAAUUAGAUAUUGAUAUAAGAGGGUAGUAACAAAAGUGAUGAGUUGUCACAAACGAGUAUUAAAGAAGAGUUGCUUAAUAACAUGAACAGUUUAAUGAAAGAGUUGUCCUCAGGGUGAACGUGGAAACAAAAUAUAAUACGGAAUUACGUAAGAGUUUUUGAGGGAAUACAAGAGUUCUAAGUAGUUGGAAAAACAAACAAAAGUUAAGUCAGAUCAAUCUAGUUGUUACCAUGAGAGUAGAGAGAAAUUUCUUAUGGAAUUUUAUCCCAAACUAUGUAAAAAUUGUUAUAAUUGUAACUCAAUUUGCAAUUUGUGAAUCUGAUUUAACUCAUUAUUAGUUCGCUCGCUACAGUUAGUCAGAAUCUGGUCUUCUAUAUAUAACUAAAGCUGUUGUAAUACUGUGGUGAGACCUGUCUGCAAGCCGAAAUUGUAGACAAUAAUUUACGUCAAUGUUUACGUCCCAAAUAGGGGUCAUGAGAAAAAACAAUAACAAAGCUUAACAUAGAGGAACUCAACAACCAAUCACAGCAGACUUAACAUGUGCAAAUACGAUUCGCAAAUAUAUGGCUUUAUUUUCUAGGAAAUGGUCACAAACAGUACAGAAUAACCUUCAGUAGGAAAACAACCAAUCAGAAGAUGUCGCUUCUCUGCUAACAAUAACGCUAAUAAUAAUGUACACAAAUGAUCUGUUGCCUGGCCCUUAUCUUUUUGUCGUUACCAUACGAUUGACUAAACUGGAACACUGUUUUCUAACAACAGAAAAAACACGUUCAGGUGCUGUUUCUAACGUGACCAACCAUUUCUUUGCUUAUCCAAAUCGAGUUCACUUUUAUGAGAUCAUCUCUAAACAAGCGAAAUGGCUAUCCAGUGUUUAGAUCACUUUGAUCUAGUUAGCCUGGGAGCACUACUGAUUUAUGUGAUCGGUAUACAACUACUCAUCUCAAUCAAUCAGUAGUAUAUUUGGAUCAUAAAAUUCAACAACUUGACCUUCUGCUUUAAUAAGAAGUCAAUAAUAAUUGUGUAUUUUUUUUAGAAAUUUUUAUUCCGAAAUAGUUGUACUUUUCUAAGAUUCAAUGUGUUAUACAAGUAGAGUGGAAACAAGGUCAGAUAAAUUCGCAUGAAUUUCUCUUCUCUUUCAACUGUUAUUAUUAUAUUGUCAGUGGCGAGCAACCUUGUACUUCACGUGACAUCAUUGUUUGGAUUACAGGUAUAAACAGUUUAAUGCCUAUAUACAGAUAAGUGAAAGAUGUGUGCUAUGAGGUUAACAUUGUUAUCUCGAUUGUUGCACACUUUAUUUGGUUAUUAAACUGAACACUUAUAUAAUAAAUAGGCAGUUAGACUUAAUAUGAUCACUAGUAUCCAUCUAUGGAUAAAUGGUACAAUAUUGUCUUACUUUGUUUCACGUGAUUACAAAUGAUUACAGUUGUAUGUUGUAAUUGAAAUAGACUGUAUACUUUUUUCACAAGUGAAAUGAACUGAAAUUUUUAAUUUAAAGCUUUGCGCAAAAGUACAUCAGUUUGAAAUUGCCAUAGUUCGUAGAAGCAUAUGCAUAAGCAUAGGG